CCAUGGAGGUGCUGGUGAGUGAGCUGGGUGUGUUGCUGAAGAUGUUGGACCAAGAGGACCUCAGUUCCUCUACCCAAGAGAAGAAGGCCUCAGUGAAGAACCUCCUGCAGCAGAUCCAGCCGUCAGAGACCCGACCGGACUACAUCUAUGUGAACUCAUCGGUGUACAGAAAUGGGACGAGCUUCGUGGAGUCUCUGUUUGAGAAGUUUGACUGUGAGCUCGGAGACCUAAAGGACGUCACAGAUGACCUGAAAGAGGACAAGGACACACAAACAGACUCUUUUAAACAGAGCGUUGCAGACUCCCCUCCCCCCCUGCCCACAACGCCUCCUCCUGAGGAGUACUAUGAGGAGGCAGUGCCGCUCGGUCCUGGGAAGAUGCCAGAGUACAUAAUCGCCCGAGUCCGGCCCAGUCCUCCCAACUCCAUAGAGGGCUAUGAAGAUGCAGAGAGCCCCUACCCAACAACCUGCAUGAACUCACAUCGUAAAAACUCCUACAACGACUCCGACGCGCUGAGCAGCUCCUACGAGUCCUACGAGGAGGAGGAAGAGGAGCGGAGCCCCGGGGUCCGACUCACCCAUCAGUGGCCGUCGGAUGAGAGCUCCAUGCCUCCUGCCAGGGACUGUCGGCUAUGCGCCUUCCUGCUGCGUAAGAAACGCUUUGGCCAGUGGGCCAAACAGCUCACGGUCAUACGAGAGAAUCGACUACAGUGCUACAAGAGUUCAAAGGACGCAUCUCCUUACGUGGACCUCCUGUUGCCCCAGUGCACGGUGGUUUAUGUCCCUAAAGACAGCAAGAGGAAGCACCAUGAGCUGAGGUUCACGUUAACCAAUGGAGAUGCUUUAGUGCUAGCAGUGCAAAGCAAGGAGCAGGCCCACAAGUGGCUGAAGGUCGUCAGGGAGGUGAGCGGUCAAAGUACAGGGCAGGAGGAAGCCACGUCGCCUGCUGUUCUCAGAAAAAACGAGCUCGACAAAAGGUUAUCUGCAGACCGGAACACCUCGGAUUCGGACAGUGUGGGUGUGUCGGCGGGAGAGAACAGCAAAGAGAACGCUAAGGUGAAACGCGGAGCCUUCGCUGCUGGCCGUAAAAUCACUCGCAUCAUUAGCUUCUCUAAGAAGAAACCCCCUCGGUCUGGUGACCCCCGCUCAACAUACCCCGACCCCCGGCAAGGCUACCUGUCGGUGCUGGUGAACCAGGUGUGGCGGGAACAGUGGUGCUGUGUGUCCAGAGGCUCCAUGCACUUCUACCACGACAGGGGAGACCCUCGGACCUCCCUGCCCUCCCUUCCUCUGCACGGCUGCGAGGUGGUCCCCGGACUUGGGCCCAAACAUCCAUUUGCCUUCAGGAUUCUCCGGAGCAGCACAGAGGUGGCUGCUCUUGAGGCGAGAAGCUCAGAGGAGCUGGGACGCUGGCUCGGAGUCCUUCUGGCAGAAACGGGCUCGGCCGCAGACCCCGAGUCGCUGCAUUACGACUACGUCGACGUGGACACCAUAGCUAACAUUCGUGAUGCCGCACGGAAUUCCUUCCUGUGGGCCACCUCCUCCAGCAGUACCUCCACAGACUCCAGAACGUACGACGAGGUUCCUGACGAGGAGGCACAGUCAAGAGAAAACUGCAAGCAGCAUCCUGGGAAUCAAGGCAAACGACGCUCGAGUUUCUCAAACAGAGAAUUGGACAAAACCAAGCCUUUAGUUUCGCUCAAGCGGAGCGGCUCCAAUGCCAACCAGUACGGGAAGUAUGGGAAAACACGAGCAGAGGAAGACGCUAAGCGUUACCUCAAAGAAAAGGACGAGCUGGAGAAAGUGAGGGAUGGGAUCCGGAGCGCACUAGUGACGCUGCGACAGGAGAAGAGAGAGCUGAAGGAGGAGCUGAUGAUGGCUUCAGACAGGAGGAAGGCCUUCCUAAACAAGCGCGUGUUCGAGCUGGAGGAGGCCUGUCGGGCUAAAGAGGCAGAGAGGGUGGACCUGGAACUCCGACUGACCCAGGUCAAAGAAAACGUCAAGAAGAGCCAAGCAGGUGCAGGGGCAGCGCCGGGUGCACCAAAGGAGGCUAAACCACCACAUAAGACGUCCAUCAAAAAGAGCCAGAACAUCUACAGCGAGUCUCUACCGGUGAACUGUGCUGCAGAGCUGAGGAGGAGACCUCCGUCUGUUUAUGCUUCCUCUGCUGGAACCGUGAUGCAGAAAGCCAAGGAAUGGGAAUCAAAAAAAGGAACCUAGGAUGGAUUUAAAGGAGAGGACUAAAGUAAAUGGAUAUCAGGGUGUAACGUUUCCCACCUUUUAUCUCUCCAAGGAUAAUCUAUCUUUUAUGCUAUCCUGAAAUCCAGAUUUCCAUUUCAGGGAACUGAGGGCAAAGUGUAAAACACAAUUCAUCCACUAGAUAGAGCUCCAGUCUGACUCUUGAAAACAGACCAUUUGGAUCCAUGGGACUAUUCGCUCUGUUUCGGAGAAGUGAUUAUCCUAAGUGGCACCGCUUGAAUUAGGAAUAUAAAAUAAGUCAUUUUUGAGAUGAAGGCACAGAGGAAGGGGAAUGGAAGCAGAACAAGUGCAGCAAACGCAUUAGCGCCAAAUGAAAAAGUGUCCGGCUGCCACAGGAAAGAAAACCUGAGUAAUGUGAUGUGUGGGAGGAAAACGUGCCUUUACACGCAGGUUCAUGUCUUAUUAUGUAUAUACAGUGACUUUAACUGCUGUUGUAGAAGUUUAUACUCCCCCCCCCCCCCC